UCUGAAAACAGUUCAAGAUAUCAUUGCAUAUUAAUAGUUGUUGGUUAGCGCAUAGCUGUGUGAACAAAGUUACUGUAUAUAAAUACCGUAUUUUAAAAGUCUCCCCCCCCCCCCCCCCCCCCGCAAUUAGUUUCAGCAGCUUUGGAGUCACGGCCACAUUUGUUCCUCAGAAGGGGCUCAGGGCUGGAAAGGUGCUAGGGGACAGUGGCCGGGGUGGAGGUGGGAGGACAGGCAGGGGGGCCGUCGGGUAGGUGCUGAGGGAGAAGUGGCUUCUGAGGAGUCUUGAGGCAGGACAGUGAGCAGCCUCGCUCUGCUCUGGAGCGUCUGUCUGGUGGCAGAGACUGGGGGGCCCCGGGAGAGGCGCCUCCCGCCUCCUGACCCCCAGCCCCUCCUCCUCCCCGACUUGCACGCCAACCUCCCGCUGUCCUAGUCAGGGGUUUUGGUUUCGGAAGACAGCACCGACGGAGGGUUUGCUUGAGCAGAAUAAUCUAUCAGAAGGACACGGGAGAAAGAACGGACAGGCGCUGGGACGGUGGGCCAGCCGACUGUAUUUUAUGCUCUCUCCUGAGUUCUUUCUCUUUGUCACUUAGCUCUCCUUUUGGGAGAGUUCCUCACUCUCCUGUCCGGUCCUGUUUUUAAAAUUCUGUCACCAUUUUUAUUGUCAGUAACCAGGAAGUUCUCAGAAUGUUCCUCUUUUGUUUCACAGAUACGAUUUCUUAUUUCUUCUUAAGUUCUCUCUCUGCCUUUUGCCUGUUCUCUGUUUCUUUCUGGGGCUCUAGCCUUUCACGAGCCCCGUUGUGGGCUUUUUUCAAAACAUCUGAGCCACGUGUAAGCCAAAGAAUUAUGCUGUCCUCCUUGAACGCACACAGUGAUGCGUGCCAGUCAUAUUUCAGAAAGACUGGAAAUAAAUGGACAGCUCGAAAAAAAAAAAAACGAAUGAAAAGAUUCGUGCUGGGAAUAAAGACUAUUUAUGUCGGGGGUCCCGCCCACCUUGUUAUCUUCAGGCCCUUUUUCUCAGGGCCACGCACGAGUGCUUCUCCAGAGGCCAAUUCUGGUUGCCACCCGCGGGUGACCGGGAGCCAGAGGGAGACGCCAAGGGGGGGCGGUCUUUUCCUCCAGUAGGCGGUCCUCACUCGGUUCCCUGUUUCCCUCCCUCCCCGCGGGCCCGGCAUCCCUUGUCCAGCACCUCUCCCCUCGUGGUCUGGCUCUCUCCGGUUUUCUCUGUAAUUCUCCUGCUGUGGCCGCUAAAACCGUUGUGGGCUUUCGAAACGCAGGCUGGUCGGAUGUGGCCUGGAUUCUCCCUGGGGAUCUUUCUCAAGAGAUCCCGUCACGUAGGACACUAUGCACCUUCAGAUCCUGAAGAAAAGGCGCAAAGUGUUCAAGUAAUGCUUCGAGCUCGUUUGUGAGGGUGCCCGGGGACACCAUGCCGUCAUCAGGACACCGGCUCCGGGAUGUCGAACAUCAUCCUCUCCUGGCCGAAAACGACAAUUACGACUCUUCGUCGUCCUCUUCCUCUGAGGCUGACGUGGCCGACAGGGUCUGGUUCAUCCGCGACGGCUGCGGCAUGAUCUGUGCCGUCAUGACGUGGCUCCUGGUCGUCUAUGCGGACUUUGUGGUGACUUUCGUCAUGCUGCUGCCUUCCAAAGACUUCUGGUACUCUGUGGUCAAUGGAGUCCUUUUUAACUGCCUAGCGGUGCUGGCCCUGUCGUCCCACCUGAGAACCAUGCUCACAGACCCCGGGGCAGUGCCCAAAGGAAAUGCCACUAAGGAGCACGUGGAGAGUCUGCAGCUGAAGCCCGGGGAGGUGAUAUACAAGUGUCCCAAGUGCUGCUGCAUCAAGCCUGAGCGAGCCCAUCACUGCAGUAUUUGCAAAAGAUGUAUUCGGAAGAUGGAUCAUCACUGCCCGUGGGUGAACAAUUGUGUGGGAGAAAAGAAUCAGAGGUUUUUUGUGCUCUUCACUAUGUACAUAGCUCUGUCCUCAGUCCACGCUCUGAUCCUCUGUGGCCUCCAGUUCAUUUCCUGUGUCCGAGGGCAGUGGACCGAAUGCAGUGACUUCUCGCCUCCCGUGACUGUAAUCCUGCUGAUCCUCCUGUGCCUUGAGGGUCUUCUGUUUUUCACGUUCACCGCAGUUAUGUUUGGUACCCAGAUUCACUCCAUAUGCAAUGACGAAACGGAGAUCGAGAGGCUGAAGAGUGAGAAGCCGACGUGGGAGCGGAGGCUGAGAUGGGAGGGGAUGCGGUCUGUCUUCGGGGGGCCCCCCUCGCUCCUCUGGAUGAACCCCUUCGUCGGCUUCCGGUUGGGGCGGCCGCAGACCAGACCCAGGAAGGGAGGCCCAGAGUUCUCCGUCUGAGGCCCGUCGGCGGACGCGAAGGGAUUCAGUCGAGUCUGGAAGGGCGGCGGCAGCUCACCUGUGACCAGUAGGGCGAACGGAACCGACAGACCAGAUGCCUGCAGCGAGCAGUUUUGUUUGUAGUCACAGAUCGCAGACUGUCCACGUCAGCGACGGGGGCCGGUUUCCGCCUGUACAACUAACAGAAGGUACGUGGCCGCGUGAAGAAGUGUCACGACCUUUCUGCACACUUAGGGUUUGGUUCGGGACACUGCAUUUUCUAAGAGGUUGUGUGGGGUAUUACAUGGGUUAUUAAAAUCCUGUGUCCUAA